CGGUGAGACCGCGUGUUCUUUCUUUUCAACGACAACGGCUCUUAGGGUCCUGGCAACCGCCACGAGGGCUGGUCUGGUGGUGAUAGAGAAGGGGCUUCUCUCUCGUUAAGCAUGCUUCGCUGUAACGUUCGCCCUUCCGUCGGAAUUUGGUACUUCCCUCGUCUUUUGUGCCUCGUUGAGAAAUCUGGAAUCGCAAAAUCGCUUUCAUCUUAUUCUGUUUGAAUUUUCUGAGGUCGGAAACGAUUUUCCAUUCAACGGAAGGCCGUGGAAGUUCACUAGGGUUCGCCAUGAUUAAGGCAGCGGGUUAGGGUUUUUGGUAUCCUAUGUUCGACGAUCGAUCGUAUGCUGGGUUUAAUUAACGUCUUCUGGAAAUAUGACCCGAUCUUGUCGGAUGCAAUCUAUCUGGUAAUUGCUCCCCCCUUCUUUUCCACCUAUGAGGAAAUUGGCUGACUUGUGCUUGUGCAUGCCUUUUAACUCAAUUGCUGCUUUGGUUGAUAGUGAUCAUUAUUGUGGCGUCACUGCUUAUUCUAUCAUGCUCACCUUGGGUAUUAGAUGGUUAUUGUUGCCUUCAUGGGAUUCAAAUAAACGUAGUGUGGGGUUUCACUAGACUGGGUUUAUCAAACCACUUUGUGCUAGAAAUCUCUUGAUUUCCUAUACAUAUGCUGCCAUGAAUUGGGUGAAAUUUGUUCCGAGGAUGAUUCCAGAGACUUGCAUAACAUAACGGCCAUUACAUGUUGUCUGUGCUAGUGUUUUCUAGUAACUUUAAUUAAGCCCCUCUUUUUUCGGCUAGAGUUCCAAUAUUUUGGUUCUUGACCUGAGAUGUUUGAUGAUUUGGCUCUACUCUACUGCUGCCCCCUUUCUUUACAAUGAUUAAUCAAGGUGCUAUUGUUUUCUGCAAGUGGAAGCCCCUAAUGAGUGCCCCGUAAAGUUAUCAAGAUCCUUAUCUCUAACUUGUGGCCGCUUCUGCCUCACUAUUGAAAUGUUCAUCUACUCAUUGUUGCCCUUCUGCUCCUCUUGAAAUAUAUUGUUAACUGAAAGUCCAGUAUGGAGUCCUAGAAGGGAACUUAAGAAUGAGUAGAUGUAGCCUGAAAAUACAUUAAUUGUUCAUGUCGGUUCAGUGCUUAUAUGAAAGUUGGGUACCGGUUUGCCUUGCAAUAAAAUGAUUAGUUACUUAAUCUAGUUGCCCUUCUGCUCCUCUUAAUAUAUAUUGUUGGCUGAAAGUCCAGUGUGGAGUCCUAGAAGGGAACUUGAAAAUGAGUAUUAUAUCAUAGAUAUACCCUGAAAAUGCUUUGUCCGUGUUGGUUCAGUGCAUAUAUGGAAGUUGAGUCCGGGUUUGCCUUACACUAAGAUGAUUAGUAUACUCAGUCUAGUUGCCCUUCUGCUCCUCUCUGAAAGCCCAUUAUGGAGUCCUAUAAGGUAACUUGAGUACGAGUACUAUAUCAUAGACAGUCCCGUAAAGAUUAGAAGCUUGUGUAUUCUGUUUACAGAGUUACUGAUUUUGUUGCUUCUAAUGAAGGUGGUGAUCCAAUUCUGGUUAAUGAAUUGUGGGAAAUGAUGUGUUAAGUUUCUUGAUGCUCUAUCAAUGCUAUUACUGUUUUGGUACAUCUUGUCAUCGGCCUAGGAAAUGGUGGGUAGAAAGGUUACAAAUGUUUCAGUGGCUUGUGUUUCAUUUGUAAGAUAUUCUGGCUUGGAAGAAAUAAGGAUAGACUUUCAAUGUUGUCCCAUUGAAGUCAUUCGUCUUGAUAACUGCAUAGCCAAGUCUAGACGUUCAAAAGGUGUUUAUGUGAUUCUGGAAGCAGAACUGCACCUUCUUUACAUGCUAGAUGAUGGUCAUUCCUUUUGGACAUCCUUUUACGCUGCUUUCUUCAAAGAAAACAAUAUUGUGGGUUCCCUAGAAAGCAACUAAGAUUGCUAUUUUAGUCCAUUCACUCAUAGUAUUAGUAUAUAUAUUUUGGUCAUUUGGUAUACGUGAUGUUGAUACGAAAACUGUCAUUGGCUACAUGAUCCAUCACUUUAUAAUUAUUUAUGCAUUUGGUUGCCCUUAGACUCUACUAUAACUAGAACAAGUGAUUUAAUAUCUAAAAUGGAGUCCAAGGAAAUUACACUAAUUUUCUAGGAAGCAAUGUAGCAAGAGAUAGUUAAUACUGGGGCAAAAGGUAUGGUGCUUCUCCUUUCCCAGCAAGCUAAUGGUCUAUUAGUCCAUAUGAAUACUUGAUAAGCUCAUUACCGUUAUUUUACAUGGACUGGCUGGUUUCUUAAGCUAUUAAUUGUAUGAGUAGCAUCGUAAAUAUCAGGUUGGUUACUCUUAAUUAAUGAUAAUGGAAAUCAUGAUUGGUAGCCAUGUCAGAGAGGUGUGAUAGUCCAGUCCUAUUAUCACUUAACACUGAGCUCAUCAGUUAGGCGUUUGAGCUCCCGCUCUGCUCUAUCCUGUUAUGCGGAAGCCCUAAAUUGUCUUGGGAGGACUUUGGAACGACUUAUAAUGAUCAAGUGAAUACUGAUUCUAUUUGAGAAUGAGAAUUAAUGUUCUAAAAGUGGUGUCGUACUCGUAUAGUAGUUCCAGUUGCUCCCCUGAUCCAUUUCAUAUUCUUAAAUCGUGAUUGUCUUGUUCAAUGGUCUUAAUGGAGUCCUAGGGGGGAACUUUGGAACGACUUAUAAUGAUCAAGUGAAUACUGAUUCUAUUUGAGAAUGAGAAUUAAUGUUCUAAAAGUGGUGUCCUACUCGUAUAGUAGUUCCAGUUGCUCCCCUGAUCCAUUUCAUAUUCUUAAAUCGUAAUUGUCUUGUUCAAUGGUCUUAAUGGAGUCCUAGGGGGGAACUUCAGAAUGAUUUUAUGCUUGAGAAAAAUACUUCAUAACACUCUUGUUUGGGACAAAAUAAAGUUACUCAUGAUAAUUGUAUUCCAUUGUGCCUCACAAUUCGGCUGGCUGUUUGCUUAUUCAAGUUGCUCUUCUGCAUCAUUUAAGGGAAUGUCCCAACUGGAGACUAGAGGGGAACCUUAGAUUGACUUGGUUGAGAAAAUACAUCGUGACCUAUGUUGUUUGAGAGAGUUGAUGAUUUGAAGUAGCAUCAUAGUCCCUCGUUCCAAUUGACCUUUUGCUCCAUUUCGAAUUCACUAAUUAGGGUAGGAUUUUUGUAUAACCGAGAAAACUUUACAGGGUCCAAAAAAUGAAAUUUGUUAUGAUGAUCAAACAACGCGAGAGUUGGAUUAAGCAUAAUUGUCAGUAUUGUUGUGCCUAUGUCCCAACUUCCAGUUAUCCCCAGUUCGUAUUAUUAUCAAUAACUUAUUAGAAGGGAAUUAUGGUAUUCCUGGAUUCCCCUCCAAGCUCCUCUAUCAAAACAUAUCAGUUUGCCACUACUCCUGGGUUGCUUUCAAUGCUUGUUUGGAAAUCCAGCUUAUACUUGGUGCGCCUCUUGACGGUUGACUUAUGGUGCCUUAUUGCCUGUUGUUAUGUGCGUCCAUAUUUUAAUCUACUUUUGCAAAGCUAUUAAUAUGAUAAAUGUUACCUCACAUAGGUGAUUGGUUCGGUGAAUAUUUUAUCGAGGUUUGUGGAUGAGAUAAUUUAAUGAGUGUCUUUGCCUCCCAAAAUGUUCUGGUGCUCAUUAUGUGGUAAAAUAUUCUGGUGUAGUUGAUGCUGAAUAUUCAGCUCUCCGGUGCUUUCCCUUGGUUUGCUAUUUUUUGUUGUCGCCUACGACUCAGAGUUCUGUUGAAUAUGAUCAUUCUGAUUAGGACCAUAAAGUAAGUCCUAUCUAGUUGGUUACGACAUGGCGAAGAGACCUGCAAUACAACGACAGUGGUGGGGAACACAAUGAUCAUUUUCUACAAAUGGGUUUCCUCAAUUGUAAAAGAAAUAUCAGAAUUUAGGUCCCAGAAAUGGUGGGUGCAGCUCUCCCCCAACUGCAUGGUGUCCAACUGACUGAUAAACUUGAACAUUCUAAUCAGUAAGGAAUACCGUUGUUGUUUGCUUGUGUUACUCUUGCUACUUGGUUUGGUAGAUGAAUUGGUCAAAGCUGACGUUUGCUACCAUUUCGGGGAACUGAAAGGAACUGAGGCAGGGACAAUUCUGAUCGUUCAAUUAACGUUGCAGGAAACCCUGCCAACGAGAUCACGGCGAUCAUAAACAAGAACCGAACAGCAGCAGGACUGGGAGAGUUGAACGACAGCAUGGCCCUGCAAUACGUGGAGCUAUGCAAGGUUAACUGCACCGCCACCAACGGGUCAGUGAACUGCAACCCACCAUAGGUUGACUUCAUUAAGGUUUUCGGCCCGAAUUGUGGUGUAGAGUUGCCCACUUUCGGCACCAUAACGGGCCAUUGCAAUAAGAUGAUUUGUUACUCAUUCUAGUUGCCCUUCUGCUCCUUUGAAAUCUAUUGUUAACUGGAUGUCCAUUGUGGAGUCCUAGAAGGGAACUUGAAAAUGAGUACUAUAUCAUAGAUAAACCCUAAAUACUUGUUGCGUGCCGGGUCAGUGCUUGAGUCAGACUUUGUCUUUAAAUAUGAUGAUUAGUUACUCAAUCUAGUUGCCCUUCUGCUCCUCUCUAAAUCUGUUGUUAACUGAGCCCAUUAUGUGUUGAAGGAAGCUCGGUCAAUGGCCCUGAUCAAGCAAAUAUAAACGGCACAAUUAGCUGAAUUGGAAAGAAAUCAAGUAUGAUGCAGUACCAUUUUUUAUCAUGAGUCAAAGAUGGAAGGUUUCUAAAAGAGACGUUGAGGAAAGCAUGAAUAUAAAGAGGAGCAGAUCAUAAACUAGGAGUUUAACCUUUUCAAUCGAACAAGAAGAGAAGUGCUGAGAAUUAGCUAGAGUUCUUGUUGUGAAAAGAGAGCAUAUCAGAGUGAUUGCUUAGUGGAUUAGGUUGCUGUCCUUUAUUCUUGAGUGACAGUUCAAUCUAGUGAGAGUGAUCUACCAGCUGAAGGCUGAGAGUUCUCUGUUCAGACUUGUAACAGGAAACUUGAGCAACUAAGUCAUUAGUUAUACGCUGAAGAUCUCAAGAAGAGAUUCUUCAACCGUGGAUUAGUCAGUGCAGGGAUCCUUAUUCUCCCUGUACUGGAUACCACGUAAAAAUCCUCUGUGUCACAUCUGUACUUUCGUUUCUUGUUCUAUCUGAUAAAUUGUCUGUGUGUUCUUGAGCUUAGUUUGAUACAGGGAAGGGAGCCUGAACUGAAGAACAGGAGAAGAAGAAGCUUACUUCAUAGCUUCUGUCCUUGGGUCGAUUAAGGGCUUUAAGUUCAGGGCCUUCAAAAUCAUUUCACUGGGCCGGGACUUAAAAACAGAACAGACAGGCCCACUAUUAAUUCCUUUCACUAGUCAUAAACUGAAUACUGUUUUACCUUCGUUAUUUCUUAUCGGUUUCACUCUACAUUCACAAGCUCUGUGUUAGGGUUUUGAUCUUUCAGAAAGCAAAUCAAAGCAAAUCGCCGUUGGUCUCGCGCUCGACCUCGUUCAACACGUGGUAUCAGAGCCCGGCUCCGGAGUCAAUAGGUUUAACAACCCACGGAGAAGAUGAGUUCGAGCUCAGCGAGCGGAACUGGAAUCUACAUGGCUGAUGGCUUUUCGCAAACCCGACCACCAUGUUUUGAGGGCGUACACUAUGGCUACUGGAGGAACAGAAUGGAGCUGUUCAUCGAAUCCACUGAUCCAGGAAGCUCGAGGAAAGUGGACCGAUGAAGACAAGAAGAAUUUUCAGUUAAAUUAGAAGGCAACAAACUUAAUGUACUGUGCAUUAGGGCCUGAAGAAUACCACAGAGUCACCGGCUGCAAGACAGCGAAAGAAAUUUGGGAUAAGCUUCAGAUCGCCCACGAAGGUACUUCCCACGUUAAGAUUUCCAGAAUCAACAGCUUGAAACAAGAUUUUGAGUCCUUCAUCAUGAAGCCCGAGGAGUCAAUCAAAGAGAUGAACGACAGAUUCACAACAAUUGUCAAUAGUCCGAGGAAUCUGGAAGUUGAAUAUCCAAGCGCUGAUCUGGUUCGUAAAGUUCUCUGGGCCUUGCCUAAACGAUGGACUCCCAAAGUCACUGCCAUCGAGGAAUCCAAGGAUCUCACUCGACUCAGCUUAGAUGAACCUGAUAGGAUCUUUGAUUACUCAUGAAGAGAAACUAAGAAGAGAGGAUGUUGAUGAGCCUAAGAAGGUUAGACGAAACAUUGCAUUUAAAGCCUCAUCAUAUGAAGAAGAACUGGAAGGACUAGAAGACAUGGAAGAUGAGGAAUUAGCACUGCUGAGCAAAUGAUGCUCUAAAACACAACACCUAACAAAGGCCAAGUGUAACCAAUGAAAGGGACUGCAGUAUAGUGGCUCAAGUGAUAAAUAUCGAAUCCACGGGUCUCUAGAGUUACUAUUACUCAGCUUCAGUUUAUUAUUUAGCAAAUCAGAUUAAGAUGAAAGAACUAAAACUACUCUAGCAAACUACAGUUAAAGUUAAUCUAAUUACAGGUUGGGAACUCACUUAGGUAUGAUUCCCCCUAGCCACUAGCCAGAUUAACGAUUGAUGAUCUCUAACCUGUUUCACUUUCAUUCACAAUGCGGAGAAUCCUUGACUAGACCUUGAGUCUCGACUAAAGGAACAAGGCCCUCUUGAGUCAAUUGCCUAGAGGGACGUAUCCUUCUCUAGAACAACUGAUCAAGGCGUUCUGAACUAGACUCCCUCUAUCGAAAGAGGUUCUCAAUCGAUACAAAGCAGUGAAUCAACCCUCGACUAAAGCAAUCGAUCCACUACUAUCAAUCUAUGGUGCUCUAUUGACCUAAUCAGGUAUUCCCUCUCAUAGGAUCAAAGCAGAAUCAAUAAUCUCGACUAAAGCAUAAUUGAAUCAUGAAAACAUGCAUAGAUUGAAUAUGAACUCAAGAUUAUCAAGUCAGAGUACUCAUACAAUCAUCCAAUCAAACUAACAUAGCUAGGGUUCCUCAAAACCUAAGUGAAGGGAAGUUACUCCAUAGAGAAGAGAGAGACUGCAGUAAGAAUCUUCAGAUGAUCAGUCUUCAAGUCCGGGCUUGUUCCUCAAGCUUCCAAGGCGAAGAAAUCCUCUUUCUCUACUCCAAGAAUGCCCUCAAAUCGCCCUCUCUCUCUUUGGUUCGUCCCUUGGGUGUUUGGGAUCCAAAAACCCAGCUCUCCUCCUCUCCUUUGGCUGAAAAUUGGGUUUUAAGCAGAAAAUCCCGACUCACACGGGCAGGGUGGCACGGCCGUGUGGCUUACCCAGUUGCCCGUGUGAGUCAAAACGCUGCGUUCCAAUUAGUCCGAAUUCCAGGCUCUUUGCACGGCCAGAGUGGCACGGCCGUGUGAACUUCCUUUUUGCCCGUGUUUGCUCACGCAGAAUUCCACACGGCCAGACUGGCCUCUUGCACGGCCGUGUGGAUGUCCUGCUCUGCCCGUGUUUGCUCUCGGCAAAACUCGCACGGCCAAGGCACUCCUUCACACGGCCGUGUGUGUUGUCAGGGCAGGCUGUGUUUGCUCUCGCACAAUUUCACACGACCAGAAAUAUGAGUUGCACGGCCGUGUGAUUUGUGGGUGUGCCCGUGUGGCCUCCUUUGUGACUUGCCUCGCGCCCGAUCUUCGCCCAAUCGACCCCGAGCUCGCUCCUAAACCUUCAUUCACUUGCCAGGACCUGAAAUAUCACAAACAAGCACAACCUAGCGUGAAAUCGGUCUAAAACACGAGAAACCACAUCUCAAACGGUGUAAGAACAGGGGUGAAAACAUGUGUAACUAACGGUCUAUCAAACUCCCCCACACUUAACCGUUUGCUUGUCCCCAAGCAAACCUAACUGAAACCAAUGCAACUCUCCAGACCUCUAUAGCAACAAACAACCCAGAUCGUAGGUAGAGGACUUCCUAGAUCAUUUAGCAACUUACGAGGUCAACCGACGCACAAGUCAUCUCAUAGCUUCUUCGGCGAGUCGGCAUCAUGGCAAACAGUGAACAGAGGACAAAUGAAUCGUGGAUGGAGAGAUUCUCAAAAACAAAGGAUCAUGGACUCA